UUGUAUAAACUUGUUAAAUCAUCUAAACCAACAACAUGUAUGUUAGACCCUAUACCAUCUAAGCUCCUAAAAGAGGUGCUUCCAGAAGUCAUAGGUCCUCUUCUGACUGUUAUUAAUUCUUCAUUGUCAUUAGGAUAUGUCCCCAAAACCUUCAAACUGGCUGUUAUUAAGCCUCUCAUAAAAAAAAAAAAAAAAAACACAACUUGACCCCAAAGAACUUGUUAAUUAUAGACCAAUCUCGAAUCUCCCUUUUCUGUCCAAGAUACUAGAAAAGGUGGUAUCCUCACAAUUAUAUUCCUUCUUAGAGAAAAAUGGUAUAUGUGAGGAUUUCCAGUCAGGAUUUAGACCAUAUCAUAGUACUGAGACUGCUAUCCUUAGAGUUACAAAUGAUCUGCUCUUAUCAUCUGAUCGUGGGUGUAUCUCUCUAUUAGUUUUAUUGGAUCUUAGUGCUGCGUUUGACACAAUUGACCACAGCAUUCUUUUGCAUAGACUUGAACACUUUGUUGGCAACAGUGGAAGUGCAUUAGCAUGGUUUAAAUCGUACUUAUAUGACUGCCAUCAGUUCGUAGCAGUGAAUGAAGAUGUAUCAUAUUGAUCACAAGUGCAGUAUGGAGUACCUCAAGGCUCAGUACUAGGGCCGCUACUCUUCAUGCUUUAUAUUUUACCCUUGGGAGAUAUCAUCAGGAAACAUGGUGGUAGCUUUCACUGUUAUGCUGAUGAUACUCAGCUCUAUAUUUCCUCGCAGCCCGGUGAAACACACCAAUUUGAAAAACUAAUGGAAUGCAUAGUCGAUAUAAAAAAUUGGAUGACGAGUAAUUUCUUACUGCUAAAUUCAGAAAAAACAGAGGUGUUAAUUAUAGGGCCUAAAAACUCUGCUUGUAAUAACCUAGAACACUGUCUAAGACUUGAUGGUUGCUCUGUCAAUUCUUCGUCAUCAGUUAGGAACCUAGGUGUGCUGCUUGAUCGCAAUCUUUCCUUAGAAAGCCACGUUUCUAGCAUUUGUAAAACUGCAUUUUUCCAUCUCAAAAAUAUAUCUAAAUUACGGCCUAUGCUCUCAAUGUCAAAUGCAGAAAUGUUAAUCCAUGCAUUUAUGACUUCAAGGUUAGACUAUUGUAAUGCUUUAUUGGGUGGUUGUUCUGCACGCUUAGUAAACAAACUACAGCUAGUCCAAAAUGCAGCAGCAAGAGUUCUUACAGGAACCAGGAAGUAUGACCAUAUUAGCCCGGUCCUGUCCACACUGCACUGGCUCCCUAUCAAACAUCGUAUAGAUUUUAAAAUAUUGCUUAUUACUUAUAAAGCCCUGAAUUGUUUAGCACCUCAGUAUUUGAAUGAGCUCCUUUUACAUUAUACUCCUCUACGUCCGCUACGUUCUCAAAACUCAGGCAAUUUGAUAAUACCUAGAAUAUCAAAAUCAACUGCGGGCGGCAGAUCCUUUUCCUAUUUGCCGCCUAAACUCUGGAAUAACCUACCUAACAUUGUUCGGCAGACACUUCACACAACCGGAAACACUUCACAUAACACCCUAUGUACUUGCUACAUCAUUAGAAGAAUGGCAUCUACGCUAAUAUUUGUCUGUUUCUCUCUUGUUCCGAGGUCACCGUGGCCACCAGAUCCAGUCUGUAUCCAGAUCAGAGGGUCACUGCAGACACCAGGAUCCAGUACGUAUUCAGUCCAGAUGGUGGAUCAGCACCUAGAAAGGACCUCUACAUCCCUGAAAGACAGCGGAGACCAGGACAACUAGAGCCCCAGAUACAGAUCCCCUGUAAAGACCUUGUCUCAGAGGACCACCAGGACAAGACCACAGGAAACAGAUGAUUCUUCUGCACAAUCUGACUUUGCUGCAGCCUGGAAUUGAACUACUGGUUUCGUCUGGUCAGAGGAGAACUGGCCCCCCAACUGAGCCUGGUUUUUCCCAAGAUUUCUUCUUUGGGCACCACUGGAGGACCAGGAUGUGAAGAGGGUGGCCUGGUGCAUUCUGGGCCGGCUCUUCACAGAUGAGGUGUGUCAUCAGAUCAACUGAAGGUGUUCAUAACAAAAAGCCAAGACCUUGCUUUUCAAUUACAGGUGCUGUGAGGAAAAACACUGACCCGGUCAGCCACGGAUGCAGAGUUCACCAAGCACACAAUCAGGUGUUCAACCUGGCAGCAGAUCGAGCAACGAGGAGACGUGUCCCGCCUCCAUCCACACAAACAGAGUAAAAGAAAUGUUUAAACAAUAAACCAUCUUUUUAUUGAA